AUGACUGUACCGUUGUAUCAGCCGGCUUAUACGUUAGUGUAUGACACAAAUCCUCAAAAUGUCAGUUAUUCAGUGUCAGAUUUCCAAAAGGCAUUAGAAAAGGGUUCUGAUAGUGACAAGAUCGAGACAAUGAAGAGGAUAUUGGUCACAAUGUUGGAUGGGAACCCAUUAUUUGAGCUACUGAUGCAUAUAAUUAGGUUUGUAAUGCCAUCGAAAGACAAAAGGUUAAAGAAGUUGCUAUACUUUUAUUGGGAAAUCGUGCCAAAGCUAGAUUCCGAAGGUAAAUUGAGACAGGAAAUGAUUCUGGUUUGUAACGCAAUUCAGCAUGACUUACAGCAUCCUAAUGAGUAUAUUAGGGGCAAUACACUAAGAUUUCUCACUAAAUUGAAGGAAGCAGAGCUGUUGGAACAAAUGGUUCCAUCGGUGCGCUCUUGUUUGGAGUACCGUCAUGCAUACGUUCGUAAAUAUGCUAUCUUAGCGGUUUAUGCCAUUUAUAAAGUGAGUGAUCACUUGAUUCCUGAUGCAACAGAGAUUAUCAAUUCGUUUUUAGUUGCCGAGACCGAUCCCAUUUGUAAAAGAAACGCAUUUAUAGCGUUGGCUGAUUUGGAUCGUGAAUCUGCUCUCAGUUACUUGCAGGAUAAUAUAAUCGGACUUGAAGGGUUGGAUGCUUUACUGCAGGAUGCAUUCAUCGAAUUUAUUAGAAGAGAUGCUGUCAAAACACCAUCUUUGAAGAUGCAGUAUGUUGAUUUGUUGCAAGAUUUGUUAUCCACGGCCACUUCAAAUGAGGUUGUUUACGAGGCGGCUACUGCAUUAACUAUGUUAAGUAACAAUCCAUCCACGCUGCUCUACGUUUCCACUCGACUAAUUGAUUUAGCAGUGAAGGAAUCUGAUAACAAUAUCAAGUUGAUUGUUUUGAACAGAAUCGAGGAAAUCCAAUCCAGAAAUCCAACUUUCUUAGAGGAUCUGACUUUAGACAUUUUACGUGUUUUAACUAGCCAAGAUUUGGAUGUUUGUGCUAAGGCUUUGGAUAUUUCUCUAGGGCUGGUUACUUCUAGGAAUGUUGAUGAUGUUGUCAAGUUGUUGAAGAAGGAAUUACAAUCGACUGUAGAUAAUAACAAUGAUAAAUCGCAGGAGUAUAGACAGUUGUUGACUAAGACUAUUCAUAAAGUUGCUAUAAGAUUUGUUGAAGUGUCUGCUAACGUUGUUUCCUUGUUAUUGGAAUUCAUCGGAGAAUUGAACUCUGAGGGUGCCAGUGGUGUUAUUUCUUUCACGAAAGAUGUCAUUGAAAAAUACCCACAAUUGAGGGAAGAGAUUCUACAGGAAUUAAUCAGUGCUCUUCCAUUUGUCAAUUCUGCUAAGGCCUACAGAAGUGCUUUAUGGAUCUUGGGAGAAUACUCAGAAAGUGCGUCUGAUAUUCAGAAUUCAUGGAAGCAUAUUAGAGAUAGUAUUGGUGAGCUUCCAAUUUUGCAAUCAGAAUUAAAGAAUUUAAAUGAGGGAAUCGAAGAGGAAGAGGUUUCAGAUGCUUCACAAGCUGCUAGAGGUCCAGCUGUGCUUCCAGAUGGCACCUAUGUUACUGAAUCGGCGUUAACUGUUGAUGUCAAAAAUCGUUCGUUGUCAAAAGAAGAAAAGAACUUACGCCCACCUUUACGCCGCUUUAUCCUAAACGGUUACUUUUACACAGCCUCUGUUUUGUCCAAUACUAUUGUCAAACUGGUCCUGCGUUUUAAAAAUGUGUCAACCAAUCAAUCCGUUAUACAUGCAUUGAAUGCAGAGGGUUUGUUGAUCUUAGUUAGUAUUUUGAGGGUUGGCCAAAGUACUUUGGUUGAAAAAAAGAUUGAUGAAGACUCUCAGGAAAGAAUCAUUAUUGCCAUUUCUAUGUUAAUGGAUCGUGAUGGUAUGAACGACGAAAAGAAGAAGGAGUUAUUGGAAAUGGCAUUUUUGGAGGCAACCAAAUCAUCAUAUAAAUCCAGAUUAUCUAUUAACCAACGCAAAGUAGACCGAAGAAAUGCAAGUAUUGUUGCUAAGUCUGCUGAACCAAUUGACAAGGUAAUUACAUUCAGACAGCUUGCUUCUAUUGAUAUCCGUCAUACACCAACAGAUACUGUUGAGGAAGAUUUGCACUUAGCUUGUAAGAGCGGAUCGUUUGUUGCCAAACAGGAAGCAAAUUCGAUAACUUCUAAAUUGAAGAAAAUCAUUCCGUUGACUGGUUUUAGUGAUCCUGUUUAUGCUGAGUGCUAUAUCACAAACCAUCAAUUUGAUGUUGUUUUGGAUGUCCUCUUGGUCAACCAAACAAAAGAAACUUUAAAGAAUUUACAUGUUCAAUUCGCAACAUUAGGCGACUUAAAAAUCAUUGGUAAUCCACCAAGUACCAACGUUAUACCUCAUGGUUUCCACAAAAUAUCGAUCACUGUAAAGGUUUCUAGUGCUGAUACUGGCGUUAUUUUUGGAAAUAUUAUUUAUGAUGGAGCACAUGGCGAAGACUCUCGCUAUGUUAUUUUGAAUGAUGUUCAUGUUGAUACCAUGGAUUACAUAAAGCCUGCUGUGUGUGAUGAGGCUUCAUUCCGUAAAAUGUGGAAUGCAUUCGAAUGGGAGAAUAAGCUAGUUGUGAAAUCUAAAUUACCAACGUUGCAGGAUUAUUUGCAAAAGCUGAUCGAAGUUACUCAUAUGAGGGUUUUAACACCUGAGGAGGCAUAUACUGACAGGGAUGGUCGUUUCCUAAGCUGUAAUCUAUACUCAAAGUCAACGUUUGGCGAAGAUGCAUUAGCCAAUCUAUGCAUUGAAAUGGAUCCUAACACUGGUAACAUUAUAGGUGAGGUUCGUAUUCGUUCGAAAACGCAAGGUUUGGCACUUACUCAUGGUGACAGUGUGGCUCAAAUGGGAAGGGUUGCCAAUACCAUCAAAUUACAGAAUGUAUGA